AUGGAGUUAGAAAGAAGUCAAUGUGAAAAGUACCGCAAGUUUGCUACAGAGAGAUUGCAAAAUGAUUAUGAGCAAAUCAUCAAAGUAAUAAAUAAGAUUAUGGAUGAAGUGAAAGAAUAUGAAGCUUUACUACUUUUCAUUAAUAAAGCUAAGUCACUGGAUCCUAAUCAACCGCUAAAGAUGCAAAUAAGUAUUGGUAAAAAUGUUUUUUGCGAAACUGUUAUUGAUAAAUGGGAUCACAUUAUCGUAAGGCUAAGCGAUGAUGUGUUUGCGGAAUUAACCAUGAAAAGAGCAGAAGAAUUUGUUCCCAAGAAAAUUGCAUUAUUAAAUGAACGUGUUACCUUUCAUGAAAACCAAGCCUAUUCAAUACGUGCAAGAAUUCAUUUGAUAUUAUCUUCAGUGAAACAGCUUGAAAGUUUAUAA